AUGCAGUCUUUACAUUCGUACUGGAAUAAGUACUUGGUAUUUGAGAGCGGCCUUAUUAAUAAGCUGUCUAAGGUGCAUUAUAUCAACCAGUUCAUCCACGAUGAUAAAAUAAGUGGUCGGAUAACGUUGUAUUUGCUGGUGGUUGGUACGUUUGCACUGUUACAGGAGAUAUAUAUCAGUAUUGAGAUGUACUGGUUGUCGCGGGGCACGUACAAUGAGAUCAAUCUAAAUCAGAUAGACAACGCGGAGAGUUUCAAGCUGUACCAGAUUCUAAUGAGUGACGACUAUCACAGUAAGGAAUACAAGGAUUUGAAAUCUGGGAUCAUGGUGGAGGAAUUUGAGUCCCGUGAGAAUUUCUACAAGAAGCCCGUGUUUGUGUCGCAGAUUUCGGUGAACACACAUAUCGUUGACGGGGACGGCCGCCCGUUGAUUGCGGACCCGAUUAAAUACCAUCUUGAGUUUCUACCGUCCGAUUACGACAACGAAAGAAGGGUAGAGUUUGGGUGUAGUUUGAAUGUUCUGAGGACGAAACUGUACCAUUUGGUCAAGGAUUCCCCCAUGUACCACGAAUUGAAGAUGGAGGAUUUCAGGAUAUCCAACCAUGUCCACAUUUACAACAAAUUUGGGGAGCUGUUGACCCCUGACAUGGAUCGCUUACAGCUUUGCUUUUUAAAGAUGGAAACUGGCGAUACGAUCAAAUGUGACAUUAUUGUCAGUACGUGA